AUGGAUUCUGAUUCUCCACAAAACCCCCCCCCGCAGCAGCUCGUCCAGGAAGGCUACGAUGCGAUGGCCAAAGAAUAUCUCAAAUGGGCGACCCAGAAACAAACGCCACGGGAAGACAAGAUAAAACAUCUAUUGGGAGAGCUUAAGAAGCAAGACGCUACGAUUUUGGAAUUGGGAUGCGGUGCUGGCAUUCCGGGCACGCAGCUCCUCGCCCAACAGUGCCAAAAGGUAAUCGCCAAUGACAUAUCUGAGGCGCAAAUCCUGUCAGCCAAGACAGCUUUAGCACAGUUUGAUAACGUUGAACUUGUUCACGGAGACAUGAUGGCGCUGGCUUUUGAGCCGGCCACUCUAAACGCUAUCGUGGCUUUGUACUCGUUGUUCCACCUCCCACGCGACGAACAAAAGAUCAUGGUUCAAAAGCUCUUUUCUUGGCUCGCUCCCACAGGCAUGCUACUUUGUAAUCUUGGCGUUGCGAAUGACCCCGGUUCAGUGUCGGAUUGGCUGGGGACUAAAAUGUUUUGGAGUCAAUUUGAUGCGGCCACGAAUUUGGAAAUAAUUCGACAAGCAGGCUUUGAGGUCGUUUCUCAGGAAAUCAUAGAGGAGAUGGAAGAUGGAAGGCUAAUACCAUUCCAGUGGAUUAUAGCCCGAAAGCACUAA